GCCCCGCGCUCGCCCACGUCUGCCUCCAGCCCGGCCGCAAGCACUACAUCGGCCCGUACGAGGCCAUCGGCAAGAUCCCCGUCCCAGACCCGCCCUACACCGAGGAUAUGCCCCGCCUCGAUUACCCCAACUUCUACUACGACCAGGAGGACGUCCUCUUUGAGGAGGUCUCCCGCCGCGACGGCGCCGUCAGCUGGUCUGUGCACCGUCCCUCCGUGGUCUUUGGGUUCUCUCCCCGGAGCGCCAUGAAUGUCGUGGCCAGCCUAUCCGUCUAUGCCGCCAUCUGCCGCAAGGAGGGCGCCAUGCUGAGGUGGCCUGGGAGCAGGGUUGCAUGGGAGGGCUUCAGCGACGCCUCCGACGCGGAUCUUGUCGCCGAGCAGGAGAUCUGGGCAGCCGUCGAUCCGUUGGCAAGGAACGAGGCUUUCAAUUGCAGCAAUGGAGAUUUAUACAAGUGGAAGCAGCUCUGGCCGAUGGUGGCUGACCGAUUCGGGGUGGAGUGGGCGGGAUACGAGGGAGAGGACAGCCGGUUCAUGCUCGCCGACGCCAUGGCCGGGAAGGAGGCGGUGUGGGCAGAGAUCCUCCAGGAGAACGAGCUUGUCACGACGGAGCUCCAAGAGAUUGCCAAUUGGUGGUUCCUCGAUGCCGUGUUCAAUGUCAAGUGUGAGCAUUUGGAUAGCAUGAACAAGAGCAAGGAGCAUGGAUUCCUUGGAUUCCGUAACACGGCCAAGUCCUUCAACGCAUGGAUUGAUAAGAUGAAGGUUUUGAAGAUUGUUCCAUGAUGCUGCCACAUCCCAUUUCCUUUCUUUGAAGUUAGUUUCGUUACAUCAUUUCUGUGUUUGGGUUUGGGAAGGUGGCAUGAUGUAAAAUGUUAUAGUGCAGAAUAAAGUAUGACGACAAAAUAAAUCUCCGCGUAAAUGAAUUAUCCAUGCUCAUCA